AUGGGUUCCAUCGCGAAACAAGAAGAGGCUUCUAUCCUCAGCCUGGCUGAGGGCAUCUUGAAGGAUACCAAGCAAGUCAUAAGCUACCUCAAAUCGUCCAAGGCAGCCCUGCCGACCUUCUCAGCCGCAGCAGAGCCACUGCCUACCGCGCCCGACUUCCAACAGCUCCAGACCAGUCUAAGGACGCAGCUUGAAGACCUGCAACUCCUAGUCGAUGGCCCAGCAAGAUUCUACCGGUACUUCCUGGUUUCGGGUUAUGAGAUUGCAGCCUUCCAAAUCGCCCUCACCUUCGACUUCUUCACCGCCGUACCGGCUCAAGGCGAUAUUUCUCUCGCAGAGCUUGCCAACAAAGCCGGUCUAGAUCAAGAUCGGACCAACCGCGUGAUUCGGAUGUUGAUUACACAGCGCGUCUUCCAAGAAACCCGGCCGGGUUUCUUUGCCCACAACGCAUUCUCCAUGGCCCUGCACAGAGAUGAAGAGAUGAAGUCAAUGGUGCAUUACUCCUUUGACGAGAUGCUCAAAGCGUCCGCCCACUCGAGUGACGCCAUCAAGGCCGACCCGUUUGAGGCAGACAGUGUGCACUGCCCCUUCUAUGACCGUUUCGGCAUCCCCAUCUUCGAUUACUACAGGAAGCAUCCGGAGCACGCUGGUCGCUUUGCCAAGGCAAUGGCCGGAUGGAGAAAACACAGCUACCCAUGGGCAGACCUCAAAGGUACCGUUGUCGACAUUGGGGGUGGCAGUGGGCACGUGGCCAUCGAGCUGGCCAAGUUUUACCCUCACUUGAAGGUUGCCGUGCAAGACGGGGACGCCGCCAUGCUCGCCAUCGGUCAGAAGCUGCUGAGCGACUCGGUCCGUGACCGCAUCUCGUUCACGCACGCCAACUUCUUCGAACCUCAGCAGUACGUGGGUGCCUCGGCCUAUCUCAUUCGCCAGUGCACACACAACUGGGCCGACCACGACGUGGUCAAGAUCCUCAAGGCCAUCGUCCCCGGACUCGAGGGGUCGGCCCCAGGAACUCCGUUGUUGAUCAACGACAUGAUCAUGCCGGAGCCAGGGUCUGAGGUGCCGCGCCUGUGGGAGCGCGAGAGGCGGCAGGCCGACAUGGUCAUGCUGGUGUGUUACGGUGCGAAGCAACGUACUGUAUCCGAGUUUGUUGGCCUGUUGAAAGAGGCCGAUCCGCGAUAUGUCCUUGGCAAGGUUCAUGCGGAAAAGGGGGCGCUGGGUCUCCUGGAGGUCUAUUUAGAACGAAGCUGA